ACGGUCAUCCAACUCGGGACUCUUUCUAGAGUUCCGAUUUGCUGACCUGAAGAUCACUGACGUCAUGAUUUGACCUCGUAUUUUUCCGAGUUCCCAGUUGUUUUGAAGGCGGCAUUUUAUCAAAGUGAAAGUUGAUUGUCAACAACACACUGCAACUGCAGAGCUACAAGGAGAUAGAUCGAUUGUUGCAAAAUAUUUUGCCAUAGAACGACAUAUACAAGGACAGAAAAAGCCUCGACGAUAAUAAAAUGAGCCGUCUGCAAGAUGAAUUUGAGCUGGAGAAAAGUGUCAGGCGGUUCAGGGAGACAUUCCAUGGAAAGAUAGCAGUGGAAAAGGCAACCUUACUGAUGAGACGCUAUGCCAACAACCAUCACAUGGUCACCUGGGCAGUUAUACUGAAGAAAGGCAACGAGCUGGAUGAUGAGGACAGAAAAUGCUUACAGACGGAUCAGGCUGUCAAGAACGUGGUGCAGAGACUCACAGCUGAGGAGAGGGAACGUCAGGUCCCUCCUGCACAACAGCCCCGAGGUAGCAGACACCCUGAAGACGAUAAUGAUAUUAAGGAGCUGGGAGAGCUUCUGCGGGUCCUGCCUCUCACUGAGAAGAACAAGCGAAUGUUUGAUAAUGCCCAGCGCCACCUCACCCCCUCUGUCCUGCACCAGUUUGCCUGCCAGACCUGUGACAAGGACUGGUGGCGUCGGGUACCCCAGAGGAAAAGGGUAUCUCGCUGUCACCUGUGCAAGAAAAAAUAUGACCCUGUCCCUUAUGACAAAAUGUGGGGUAUUGGAGAGUUCUGCUGCACCAAAUGCACACGCUCCUUCAGGGGCUUUGGGAGGAUGGAUUUGGGCUCCCCCUGCUACUCCUGCCGAACUCUGGUGACCCCAACAGAGAUUCUUCCUCCACGCAAGGGAGUGGUAGGAAUAGUAGGACCCAGGAAACCUAUCCCACACAGCUGCCUCGCUGAGGACUGUUACAACAGACAAGAGCCCCAUGUUCCUGGGACAGAGUGUGUCCACCCCCGCAGUCGCCAGAGGAACAGGAAGCCUCGUGUGGUGAACCCCAGCUCCAUCCACAUCAGCUCCGGCUCCACCGUCAACACCUGCCUGAGCCAAGGAAGCCUGGAGAACCUGUACGACCUCAUCAUGGAUGACAUCAGAGAGGAGAGUGAGGAAGACAACAGUAGUGGCGGCGGCAGCAGCAGCAGCAGCUAGAGCACCACUGAUGUGACCAGUGCCCAACACAGUCGUGAGCAGCUUCCCUGCUUCCCCAAUGGUGCUUCCAACGAUCAGGAUUUUCUUAGGUUCACGUUCAGUGUAAGGAUGGCAUCUCAUAAGCCUACUGAUAUAGUAUUGGUUUUACUUUCCUUUUAUUUUAAAAACCAUGAAAAGACAGCUCAAUAUUCACAACAGGCAGAUGGUAUAAGUGAGAUGAUAUAUAACUAGUUUCAUGUUUUGCUUUUGGCUUUGUUUAUGCUUACUGAAGUGUUGCUGCUGUUGCUGCUUUGUUAAUGUCUGAAUGACAAGGGGAGAUUGACCGCACUGGCUACUGCCCAAAACUCUGACUUUACUUUUGGUUACCUAUUCAGGAGUUAGCUUUCUAGUAAUGUGUGUGUUCAAACACAUUUGUCAUAUCAACUUGAACAAGAAUAUAUUAUAAAACACAAAUAAUGCAUUUUGGUUUCCCCCCCCAAAAAAAACAAAUAAUGCAUUAUGAAAUCUUACUAUUAUUAAUUUUCAAUACGACUCAGGUUCAAAUCAAAUUGUAUUUGUCACAUGCGCCGAAUACAACAGGUGUAGACCUUACGUGAAAUGCUUACUUACAAGCCCUUAACCAACAAUGCAGAGUUAAACAAAUUAAAAAAGUAAGAAAAUAUGUGCACAAAAAAACUACAGUUUAUAAACGUAACACAAUAAAAUAACAAUAACGAGCCUAUAUACAGGGGGUACCGGUACAGAGUCAAUGUGCGGGGUACAGG